UUUUAUCUAAAGAAUAAAAGAAAUUCUUCAAUGUUUUUUUUUUUAAAUUUUUUCUUUUUCCAUUUUUUUUUCUAAUUUUCUUUAAUGAAAGAAAUGAAGCAGCAGUGACAUAGGAAGUGAAGAAGAGAAGCUGUUCAUUUUCUCAGAACUCUCACCUUCUAGCUUAAGAAAACCCAAAAUAUAAAUCUAAUUGAGAUUAAUUACUAAUACUAAUACUUUUUCAUUUUUGAACAUAUAUCAAAGAAGCAUUUCUUCUUUUCCCGGUAGAUCUGUAUAAAUCUCUCUCCUUCUUAUUGAUUUAUUGGGACUCGUAUGGAUUUUUGAACUGUUGGAUUCUUAUCGAAUGAAAGCAUGUGUUGUGAAUCCAAGCAGUUAAAUCCGAAUUCGACUCCUAUAACAUCAAGCACUUGCUUUUGAAGAUAGCGGAUAUCCUUCUAGAGAGAUGAAUCAUUUGACGUUAGUGACUGAUGAUACUUUUGCAAGCUUGCUUGAGCUUGCUGCUAAUAAUGAUGUUGAGGGCUUUAAACGAUGGAUCGAGCACGAUCCUUUCAGUGUGGAUGAGGUUGGAUUAUGGUAUGGUCGUCAAAAAGGCUCGAAACAGAUGGUUAAUGAGGAGAGAACUCCAUUGAUGGUUGCUUCUACCUAUGGUAGCAUUGACGUUAUUAAGCUGAUCAUUUCAUCUUCGGAUGCUGAUGUUAACCGUGUGUGUGGCCGAGACAAAAGCACUGCCCUUCAUUGUGCUGCCUCUGGUGGGGCUGAUAAUGUUAUCGAUGUCGUGAAGCUGCUUUUAGCGGCUGGUGCUGAUGUUAAUAUGGUUGACGCAAAUGGUCAUCCUCCUGUUGAUGUUAUUGUUGUUCCUCCGAAGCUUCGAGAUGUGAAAUUAACUCUUGAAAAACUCCUUGCAACUGAGAGUUCCUGUUUUGAUUCAAGGGUUGCAGCUGUUGCGAAUUCUGAUUCCCCUCCUCUGUCACCUUCACAGGAAAACGGGUCAUUGUUUUCUGGUUCUGAUUCCCCGAUUAAGUCGAGGCCAAGUGAUGCUCCUAUUUCUUCGGUGUCAGAGAAGAAGGAAUACCCAAUUGAUCCAUCUCUUCCGGACAUCAAGAACAGCAUCUAUUCAACCGAUGAGCUCCGAAUGUAUUCUUUCAAGGUGCGGCCUUGUUCGCGUGCCUACUCCCAUGAUUGGACUGAGUGCCCGUUUGUUCACCCUGGGGAGAAUGCUCGAAGAAGGGAUCCUAGGAAGUUCCAUUACAGUUGUGUUCCUUGCCCCGAUUUUCGCAAGGGGGCAUGUAGGCGCGGAGAUAUGUGUGAAUAUGCUCAUGGUGUUUUCGAAUGCUGGCUACACCCUGCUCAGUAUCGGACCCGGUUGUGCAAGGAUGGUACUAGUUGUGCAAGGAGAGUCUGCUUCUUUGCUCACACAGCUGACGAACUCCGGCCUCUUUAUGUCUCCACUGGUUCCGCUGUUCCAUCUCCUCGAUCUAGUGCUUCAGGUGCUACAGCUAUGGAUUUUGCUGCUGCCAUGAGUCUCUUGCCUGGAUCACCUUCUUCUGUAUCUGUUAUGUCACCGUCUCCGUUCACUCCACCAAUGUCUCCGUCUGUGAAUGGCAUGCCUCAUUCUAAUGUUGGCUGGCCACAGCCUAAUGUCCCAGCACUGCAUCUUCCUGGAAGCAACCUUCAAUCUAGUCGCCUGCGAUCUUCUCUUAAUGCGAGAGACAUUCAAGCGGAAGACUUCAAUUUGCUGCCCGAUUUUGAUUUGCAGCAACAUCAGCUGAUAAAUGAGUUAUCCAGCCUUACUCAGCCAUCAAUGAGUUCAAGUUCUUUUAACCGAUCUGGUCGAAUGAAGACCCUGACCCCAUCAAACCUCGAUGAUCUCUUUUCAGCUGAGAGCUCAUCUCCGCGUUACUCCGAUCAAGCUUUGGCUGCUGCUGUUUUCUCUCCAACCCAUAAGUCUGCCGUUCUGAAUCAAUUUCAGCAACAGCAAAGUAUGCUAUCACCUAUUAAUACAAAUUACUCUCCUAAAAGUAUUGAGCAUCCUCUCUUGCAGGCUUCUCUAUCCGGUAGGAUGUCUUCUCGAAAUGUUGAGCCUAUCUCACCGAUGAGCUCGCGAGUUUCAAUGUUAGCUCAAUGGGAGAAGCAGCAAGAAUUUCGCAGCCUAAGCUCUAGGGAGCUUGGCUCUGGCUUGGCUGCCAUUGUUGGUUCCCCGGUCAAUUCAUGGUCGAAAUGGGGAUCUUCCAAUGGGAAGCCAGACUGGGCUGUCAAUGCCGAUGGGGUAGGCAAGCAUCGCAGAUCCUCCUCGUUUGAGCAUGGUAAUGGAGACGAGCCCGAUUUAUCAUGGGUUCAGUCUCUUGUAAAAGAGUCUCCCACUGAGAUCAAAGACAAAAUAGCAGCACCGGUCUCAGGUGAGGGUUCUAGCAGGAACUCAGAUACCGUUGAUAAUGCCAUGCUGGGAGCUUGGCUUGAGCAAAUGCAGCUUGAUCAACUUGUGGCUCAGCAAAACUGAAACUGUUUUCGAUGAGCCCUCCUGAGGUAGAGACAACAAAAAAAGGUUUUGGUAAAUAACAUCUGCAUUUUUUCUUCGGAUUUUCGGAUUCUGUUGGUGAUUUAGUGUUGAAGGUAAAGAGGAACAAGGUGAAGGCAAAGAGAUUGAGGUCAGUUUGACAAAAGGAAGCUUCAAUUUUCAUUUAUUAUUAUUAUUAUUACAACAAAAGAGUUGGAACAGGAUGAGAAUAAUAUCCAUCAUGUUUAAAGAAAUUGACCAGUUUUUUUCUUUUCAUUAUAAUUUUUCUUCCAAUAUUUCUAAAUUAGAUUUCCGUUGCUGCCAUCUCAAAAUUUAUGAUACUUCGAUGAUGGUGGUGGUGGUGGUGAUGAUGAUGAUGAUGUAACCUUCAACUGAAGUUGGUUGCUUAAUUUCUAUUCCAAAUAGCUUCGUUUUUA